UUUCAAUUUUCUGUUCUUUAUUACGAUAAAUUAUUCUAAUAAUUUUUAUUACACAAGUUUAUAAACAAAAUGUUCUUUUACUUUUUUAUACGUACGUCUUUUUUAAUUUAAGAUCAUCUAAUACGCAAUGGUAUCACAAUUGUAGCCAUAAACGCAUCUAUAAAAUAAGUAAUAUCUUAAUUGUUAUCCUAAUUAAUUAAUUAUAAUUACAAAUAUUUAUAUUAUCUAAACGUGUUCAUAUUUUUAGUUUCUCGAAAUAAGCUUUAUUUCUUAAUAUCACUAGGUAUAAUCAAACUUCAGUAUGACCAAGUCAAACCUUCUAUUAUCCCACAUAUCAUUUCUUUCCUGUCAAACUUCAUGACAAAAAACGAUUUUACGAUCGAAUAAAUAAAAAUUAAUUACCAUCAUACGAUGCCCCCACCGAAGAAGAAAAGUGCUUAUCAACGGUUAAUGAUACGAAUAUCUUGCCUCCUUCCAGCAAAACUUCGUCCUGUUUUUUUACAUCCUGCAGGACCGACUACUGUAUUCUUUUGGGCACCUACGUUUAAAUGGGGUUUGGUGUUAGCAGGAUUGGGUGACAUGAAGCGACCUCCAAACACGAUUUCUCUUACGCAAACUGCGAGUCUGAUGAUUACUGGUGCCAUAUGGUCCAGGUAUUCACUGAUCAUCACACCAAAGAACUAUAAUUUAUUCAGUGUAAACGCGUUUACGUGUUUAACGGGAAUGUAUAAUUUUAUACGAGCUCUGCUUUACAAAAUAGAACAAGAGAAGGCUGAGGAAAAGGAUUCAGAAUAA